UUCUCUUUAACUUGGUUAACCGCGGAGGACACGCGCCUGAUCUCUCGCAGCAUCUCUUCAAAGGACAUGACCGGACUUAACACUCAGAGAAUGGAAGCUAACGUCGUGGUACUCGGCACAGAUAAUGUUGGAAAAUCUGCACUCAUUGUCCGAUUCCUGACUCGUAGAUUCAUCGGUGAAUAUGGAGAUAUUGAGUCCCUUUACAGUCACAGUGUUGUUGUGGAUAGACGAGAGCAAACUCUGAAUAUAUGGGAUGCACCAUAUUCACAGUCACAGCAGGACAUGUCUUAUGGAUCCUUGAUGUGUGAGAAAAGAGUCCAGUGGGCAGAUGGUUUUGUGCUGGUCUACAGCAUCUGUGACCGAGCCAGUUUCAACGCAGUCACCAGACUCAUUCAUACCAUCAAAACCUCCAAGGAAUUUCUGGGAUUUGAGAAGAUGCCCAUAGUUAUCGUGGGAAACAAGAGGGAUCUGGACCAUCGCCGUACAGUCCUUAGUGAGGAGGGCAGGCUACUUGCACUCUCCGCAGACUGUCACUUCUAUGAGGUCUCAGCUGCUGAGAACUACCACAGUGUUCUGAUGGUUUUCCAUGGACUGGUGAACUGCAUCAGGGAGUCCAGGGUGUCUGUGAAAAAAUUAGCAGGCAUCAAGGGCAUUGUGAAAAGCAUGUCUGCAGUGUUCACCCGCAGGCGAACGGAUUCGCUGUGAAGCUGGUGGGAGCUCUGGAAAUAAAGCUUUAAGUGGUCUGAUAUGACCCAUUUUAGAGGAACAUGUCAUGCUUGGCCAAUUGCUGAGGCUUGUACAAGAGCCCCUGAUAUCUCCUAUGACUACAGCUGGAGUGGAAUACUAACAGAAGAGUACUCCAGAAGACCUAGUGGGUCUGCUAAGGUGGUGGCCUCUUUCUGAGAACAUGCAUGGUCAAUGAAGUGAUAUAAUUGUGGCAAAACACUGACCAGAUUUUAUCUAUCAAAAGUGGAGUGAAUAUUUCACUGUAAAGUGGGAAAUAUGUUAAAAUCCUUUGCCUGCUUUAAGCACAAUAGGCAGCAAUGCUUCUGCAUAUAAACUUUAGUGGUGUUGGCAACAGGCUGGUAAACACUGGUGAUAAAUGCUGUGGGAAUUUUUCACGUGUCAGUGCUACUCUUCUGAUGUGCGGUGGUCUAAAAAUAUAAGCAGAUGCAAGGUAACAUUGUCUUCUGCUACAUUUAUGAAAUACAGCUAGUCUGCCACACUAGAGGUAUCAUCAUACAAAGAGCUGUCGUUCAAGGCCAUCUUGCAGUUAAAUAACAAUGGACUAUUUGAAGAUGUGCUUUCACCCCUACAUACUCUCUUAUCCACAGAAAAAAACAAAGUAUGCAUUUUCCCUGGCUUUUUGAGGCCGUGUCAGUGCUUUAUGAAAAAUACUCACAUGUAUUGAUUUCUAGACCACACAUUGUCAAUACAAAACCAAUAACCCCAAAGAAGGUUUUGCCACGAGUGUCAUUUUACAGAAAAAUGUUACCAUCAUCAGUCAAUGAAUAUGCUGUAUUUGUAAAAGAUUAAAUAAUUGGGAGUAUAUUGUCACUAUCAAAAUUAGUGGUCAAACUAUUUCCCAUGUUAACUUGAUGAAGAUAAUCUGAAUGAAAAAAAAAAUCAUAAUUUUAUAUAGUACAGUAUAUUAAUAGAUCACAUUCAUAUAUCACAAGUACGCAUGGCUUUUUAUAGAUUUUUUUUUCAUUGAUUAAAGAGAAAUUUAAAAAAAUGAAUGAUUCCUGUGCCCAUUGUUAAUAUCUUAAAGGAAUAGUUCACCUAAAAGUGAAAAUUCUCUCAUCAUUUACUCACGCCAUCACAGAUGCGUUUUACUUUCUUUCUUUCUGCAGAACACAAACAAAGAUUUUUAGAUAAAUAUCUCAGCCCUGGAGGUCACAAUGCAUGAGAAUGGUUACCAAAAUUUUGAAGAACCAAAAAGCACAUAAAGGCAGCAGAAAAGUAAUCCAUUAGACUCCAGUGUUUUAAUCCAUGUCUUCUGAAGUGAUCUAAUCAGUUUAGGGCGAGAACAGACCAAACUAUAACUCCUUUUUCACUAGAAACCUUGAAAUCAGCAGUCUCCUUUGGCGAUCAUGCUUUCAAGCUCGAUUGCAUUUCCUAUAGCACCAUCUAGUGCUCUGUGCAUGUGGUCAAGCACUAGGAAGUGUAAUCGAGGUUGAAAUCAUGAUUGUGUCUAGAGGCAAGAUAUACAGUGAAAAAGGUUAUUUUGGUCUGUUCUCACUCAAAAUCGAUUUGAUUUCUUAAGACCUGGAUUAAACCAUUGGAUUCAUUUUCUAUCUGAGAUAUUCUUCUAAAAAUCUUCAUUUUUGCUCUGCAGAAAAAAAAGAAUCAUAAACAUCUGGAAUGGCAUGAGGGUGAGUAAAUGAUGAGAGAAUUUUCAUUUUUGGAUGAACUAUUCCUUUAAUAAAUAUACAUAUGACUUUACCACCUAAGGAGUCCACUCAUACAGUUUUAAAGGCUGUGACGUGGUAAGAUAAAAAAUUUAAUUAAUUCCCCAAUUGUGGUUUUCACCACAGUCCAAAUUCUGUCAACAAUACAAAGUCAAGGGUCACUCUUGAUGUAAUGACAAAGUGUUUGUGCUGCUGCUAUUAUUAUUGUUAUUAUUAAUACUAUUGUUGCUUUUAUUAUUAAAAGAGUCAUGCAUAAAUAUUCUGAUUUGUAUUAUUUUUCUAAGUACUAGUAGCCUGUUUUAUUUAUUCAGACAAUUAUGAACAUUUUGUUUGUAUACAGGUACACAAAACUACACAACGUUGCCUGCUGAAA